ACCUCUCUCAGUUCUCAUUUUUAGCCCUAAAUAAUACUUAUUUACUAUAAUCAAUUAGGAGUUCACAAACAACCGAACUAAAUUACAUAUAGUAACAAAAUUAUUUGUAUCAAAAACAACUGGACAUAUUUGGCAUAGGUGUGAAUGACCGUGAGGAGUUAACAGUCUGGCUGCUAAAGGGUUAAUGGUUCCCGACACUUGUGCCGCGGCCUGCUGGUCCGACACACUCGCGCGCUUUUCUUCGGUAUCUCGAGCCGUGCGGUACUUCAGCUGAGCUCCACACUCCGCCUGUUCAGUGCCCAGCUUGGAACCACCUGAGAGUGGCAGGUCAUGAUGGUAUUGCUUCUCCGAAACGCUCCCUCUGCGUUUAUGAACGAUUUAACAUGCUUGGUGAACGAUCUGUGGAUGACUUGUUCGUCGUCGCCUUGGCCUCUGCGGUCCUUAUUUUGAUGCCCCUUCUACAAAGACACCUGAACAAACCAACAGCGCUGACUUCACAUGUUGAACCUCCGGAGCCGAAAACAGGAAAACGGAGCACCGAAGAGUCCCAGACUUUACAAACACAUUGGAAAGUUAUUCCUUUUGAGAUGCUACCCAGCUGGGUGAAAGACAAUAACUUCCUGCAUAAUGGACACCGGCCACCCAUGCCAUCAUUCCAAGCUUGCUUCAGGAGCAUCUUCUUGAUUCAUACUGAGACUGUCAACAUCUGGACACAUCUUAUUGGCUUCAUUGUCAUCCUGGUCCUUGGUAUCAAUUAUAUGUUCAUCCCUGAAAUUAACUUUGUAAACCCUUUUCAGGAGAAGCUCGCAAUUUCUUUGCUCUUCGUGGGUACUGGGUUGUGCUUUUUGUUCUCCUUUAUGUUUCACACUUUCAUCUGCCACUCAGAGAGAGUGUCCAGAAUAUUCAACAAGUUGGAUUACUAUGGAAUUGCCUUCAUGAUAGUAGGCUGCUUCUUGCCAUGGCUGUAUUAUUCGCUUUACUGUUCUCCAGUGCCUCAGCUCCUUUAUUUGGUUGUCAGCUGUAUCUUGGGAAUCACCACAAUAACCGUUUCACAGCAGGACUAUUUCUCAAAACCCAAAAGCAGACCUCUUCGUGCAGGAUUGUUCCUCUGCUUUGCCCUUGGUUCUGUUGUGCCAGUCAUACAUGUAGCCCUUGUUGAAGGCUUCUUUAAAGCCAUGACAGUUGGACAGCUUGGUUGGUUAUGUGUUAUGGCCAUAUGUUUUCUGACAGGAGUGGUUCUUUAUGCUUGUCGCAUUCCAGAAAGGUUCUUCCCUGGCAGAUUUGACAUAUGGUUCCACUCACACCAGAUUUUUCAUAUGUUGGUGGUUGCUGGAGCUGUGGUUCAUCUGCAUGGCAUAUCCCAGUUGCAGGAAUUUCGGUCUUCACCUGAGGGUGGUUGUAAUGCUGAUGCUGUUCUGUGA